AUGGCCUUCACGGCGGUGCAUUACCCAAUGGACAAAGAGCAGAACCAGCUCUCGUACUGGCCGGACAAUGACGAGCUGGCAGUGACGGGCGACAACUUCUUUGACCAGUUCGUCACCUUUGACUCUGGGGAUCCGUCAGCACUGGGCGGCGACUUUCUCGAGGAUCCGCCCAGUCCGUCCCUUCUUCUCGACUCCCUCGACGACAGCUUGACCAAUUCGUCCUCCAAUGACCAGGACCUGCACACUGGGCGUUCCAAUGCCGAGGGAGAGAGCGCGGCUAAGACAAACUUCCUCAUGCUACCUUCCCGUACCAGGGCCGAGCAGCCCAACUCCACCCCGGCAGUACUGACAGCUUUGGCGGCAGACCCAAUAUUGAGUGUUGGUUCGAUAUCCGACUCGGAGCUCCUCCGCCUCGAGGGGAUCUCGUUGAAGUCGCCCAAAGGGACACUCACAGCACCAUCGAGUCCACCUUUCGAUAACACGGAAUCCUUGAGUCCACGCAAACAUAGUCGGUUCGUCGAAUCGGUGUAUGCAACGAUACGGCGUGCCACCCACCGCUCAAAGCCGCGACGAUCGGGUCAGACGAAUAUAACGGCGAUGGAUGCGUUUAAGGGUGAUAUGGGACCACAUCACGAAUUUGGAAGCUCCGAUAUCAAUGAUUACACCAGGGACUUGUUGGGGGAGGUGAAGCAAGAGCCAAUUGAUAACAGCGGGCUGCCCCAGUCACCGCCAUUGACGGGUAGGAUCCCCAAUGACCACCACUCCGAUAGCAUGCGCUUCGUGAGCGGCCACCUCGACGACCCCUUUGGCGAGGGCAUGCUGGCACCAUCCACAGUUAUCAACCCGGCCAAGAACCACAACGUCGACACGCCCAUGAGCACACCGGUACUCAACGGGGACUCAUUCUAUCAACAUCCCAUGGCGUCCCUGGAGCUGAACACAAACCCCCAUCGACAACAGCAGCCGAAGGCGCAGCGGAGCGCCAGUUCGGCCGAGUGGCCCAUGGAGGGCCUGCUCGACGGCAACUACGGCGACGAUGCUGCCAACCUGUGGUCCUCGUCGUCCUCGUCGGCGGCGUACAUCCCCGACCGCGGCCUCAUGGCGAGUCCGGGCUGGUGGGACGCCAAUACCGCCGGUAUCAACGGCGAGCCGGCCCUCUCGUCGGACCAUAACCACCACUACAGCCACGAGCAAACCAACAACAGUAACGGCACCAACAAGAACCCCGCCCUCAACCUUUCGCUCCACACCCAGCAGCAGCAGCACGCCGACCUGCCCUACGAGUUCAGCACCACCACCAACAACGCCAACACCAACCCAGAGCUCUCCGGCCUCAUGAUCCACAUGCCCCAACCGCAGCCCCCGCAAGCCGCCGUGCUAAGCGCCAGUCUCAACGACACGCUCUCAGCGCGGGCGUCAAGCUUCUCGCUCGCGCCUCCUCCCCCGCAACAUCAGUCCCACCAUAAUGGCUACAACGGCCACAACGGCGGCCACAGCGAACAGCGCCGCCCCCGCCCGCGCGCCCCGUCCUCGGGCGCCCGCCACCACUGCUCCCUGACCUCGCCGCGCAAGCUGCACCACAGCGGCAGCCGGCCGUACCUGCGGGAGGAAUCGACGUCGCCGACGCCGCCGCAUCGGGCGCGGGCUUUGUCUGGGUCCUCCGGUUCGCACCCACAGCAGCAGCGCAGCCACUCGAUAUCCGUGCGCAAGCGACGAUCGUGGUGCAGGCGGGAACCGCGGACGCCGACCUCGUCUACAUCAACCAGUUUUGGGUCCCUUAACAACGGAGCAGCAGGCGGAGGGACCGACAUUAGCGGGAUGAACAUGAGCGGGAUGAGCAUGAACGUAAGCAGAAGCGGUGGGGGUAUAGAUUUUGUCAACUUCACCCCGUCGGACAAGAACGUGCUGAUGACGGGGGUGGCACCGAGCGGGUCGUCCAAGACCAAGGCGCGCCGCGAGAAGGAGGCGCUAGAGAAGAGGAGGCGGAUGAGCGAGGCGGCGCUUAAGGCUGUGCAGGCUGCGGGCGGGGAUAUUGAUAGGCUUGUUGAGGAGGGGUUUGUUAUGUGA